GCUUGCUAUCAGGCACGUGCUCACCACGCGGGAGCGCUGGCGUGUAAAAAGCCGCAGGCGGCACGAGAUCUCGUCUCCUCCAUAGUCAAGGCCUUCGCUUUCCGCCAUGGCUUCGCCGGCCGGCACGGGCACUGGCGCCGAGGAUGUCGGCCGCAGGAAGCUCCGCCUGGCAGCGUCGCUGCAGAUCAACCCCCCACGCAGCGACUGGCGGUCGUCAGCCAGCAUGGGCUGGGAUGCCUGGGGAUCCCCGGCCGCCCGCAAGGCUGAGGAGGACGUGGAGGGGCGUGAGCAGCCCCAGGCCUCAGCUGCGGCGGCAGGGGACUGUGGCCCGGAGGCCGGGGCCAGCGGUGGCGGCGGGAAGCAUGGGACCACACGGGCUGGGGACGACGCGAGGGUGUCUGUGCCACCCACAGGGCUGGCGGGGGACCUGCUGAAGGUGGCCGGGCAGCUGAGAUUGCCGCCCGCGGACCCGCCCCCCGGCCAGGCCGUGGCCUUGCUGGCGCAGUACGCUGCGGGGCUGGGCGCCACGCUAACCUUCCACGAGGACCCUGCGGCAGGUCCUGGCUCCCCCUUCUCCGUGUGUGCAGAACUGGAUGGGAUGGUGUGCCCCUUGGGCACUGCGAACACCAAAGUGGAGGCCAAGCAGCAGGCGGCACUCUCUGCCCUGUGCUACAUCCGGAGUCAGCUGGAGAGCACAGAGCCCCGCGAAACCCCCUGCCAGCCUACGGUCACUGACCCAAGCAAAGAGGACAUCCUGCCCCACGAGCAGCGCUGCGCAGCCGUGGUCAGUGCCGGCUUGGACCGCCUGCUGGGCGAUGACUCUCCCUACAGGGCCUGCAUGGGGACAGUGGCUGCAGUCAUCCUGGAGCACGAGCUCCCGGGUGCCAAGGGCCACACCAAGGAGAUCUAUGAGCUGGUGGCACUGGGCACAGGCAGUGGCACCUGUGCCAGCUGGCUGGAGUUCUCGGGCCGGCAGUUGCACGACUGUCAUGGUCUGAUCAUCGCACGCCGGGCCCUGAUGAGUGGUCCCAAGUCGUCCUCUGCCUGUCACUCCAGGUUCUUCUUCCGGCAGCUGCUGCUGGCCACGAAGGGGGGCCCCAAAGGCAAGGAGCGCUCUGUGCUGGCCCCCCAGCCUGGGCCCGGGCCCCCUUUUGCCCUCAAGCCCCGGAUCUUCCUGCACCUGUACGUCAGCAACACUCCCAAAGGAGCAGCCCACGACAUCUACCUCCCGCCGCCCUCGGAAGAUGGCCUUCUGCUCAGCUCCUCCUUCCGCCUCCAGGCCCACAUCUGCGGGCAGUUGAAGCCGGUGUCCUACGUGGCGCACACACUCCGAGACACCCAUGUGGGCUGCCUGUCAGCCAGCGACAAGCUGGCGCGCUGGGCAGUGCUGGGGCUGGGUGGCGCUCUGCUGGCCCACUUCCUGCCCCCACUCUACGCCACCAGCCUCAUCCUGGCUGAUCCCUGCCAUGACCCCCCGACUCUGAGCAGGGCCAUUCACGACCGGCCCAGCCUAGACAGCACCUCGGGGUCGUGCCUGCCACCUCCCUACGUCCGCACCACCCUGCACCUGUUUUCAGGGCCCCCUGUGGCCCCCUCCAACCCUGUCUCCAGCGCCUCCCACGGCCUGAGCCUCAACUGGAGCCUGGGGGACCCUGACGUGGAAGUUGUGGAUGUGGCUACUGGCCGCGUGAAGGCCAAGGCCACGCCUGGGCCUCCUUCCCGUCUCUGUAAGGCUGCCUUCCUGCGGGCCUUCCGCCAGGCCGCUGCUGCUCUGGGUCAGCCCCACCUCCUGGCCCUAAAGACCUAUGAGGCUGCCAAGGCUGGACCCUACCAGGAGGCUCGCCAGCAGCUGUCACUCCUCCUGGACCAGCAGGGCCUGGGCUCUUGGCCUUCCAAGCUACUGGUGGGCAAAUUCGGGAGCUGAGCUGGACUUUCAGGGGGCUGAGAUCCUUGCAGAGCUGCAACCCCAGGGAAGGCCCUUUGGGAGCAGGGAGGGCGUGGGGUAUGCCGGGUGAACUGGGUCGGGGCUGCAGUAUGGGGUGAGGGCUGCUGCCCAUUUGGGUUCGAAUAAAGAAAAGGUUUCUGG